GAACGAAAAAGUAAAAACUCCCUAGUCCUUAGUCCUUCCGGCAUAAAGAAAUUGGGCACAGAAGAGAGAGAACAAAAUUGCCACAUUGCAUCGAAACCCUCUCUCUCUCUCUCUCUCUCACAAGUUUCCAACCAUUCCGAAUGUGAACAGUUGUUGUUGAAGGGUAGUGUGUAGUGUUUGCUUUUCUUUUUCAAGCUGCAAGAUGAAUGAUGGUAGACAAAUGGGGGUGCAUUACGUAGAUGCUGGUUUUCCUUAUGCCGUUAAUGAGAACUUCGUGGAUUUCUUUCAAGGCUUCACGCAGGUGCCGGUGAAUUAUGCCUUUGCUGGCUCAAUGCCUAAUCAGGAGAGUGUCUAUUGGUCAAUGAACAUGAAUCCCUAUAAAUUUGGAUUGUCUGGGCCUGGGAGUACAUCCUAUUAUAGUUCUUAUGAGGUAAAUGGUCAUUUGCCAAGAAUGGAGAUUGACAGGGUUGAGUUUGAGUGGGAAUACCCUUCAACAAUGACCACUGUGGAACCAGCUACAACUAAUUCUCCACCUAGAAGAGAUGGAGUCACGAGCAUGCAAACUAUCCCUGAAGAAUACAGUCCAAAUCAUGCAAACCUUUUAAGCAGUCCGAAUCAUCAGGAAUCUAAUAGUAGCCAGGUCAUAUGGCAAGACAACAUUGACCCUGAUAAUAUGACUUAUGAGGAACUUCUGGACCUGGGGGAAGCAGUUGGGACUCAAAGCCGAGGUCUUUCCCAAGAACUCAUUGAUAUGCUUCCAACCUCAAAGUACAAAUUUGGUAGCUUAUUCAAAAGAAAAAAUUUUGGGAAAAGGUGCGUAAUCUGUCAGAUGACAUAUAGAAGAGGUGAUCAGCAAAUAAAAUUGCCUUGCAGCCAUGUCUAUCAUGGUGAGUGCAUUACCAAGUGGCUUGGCAUUAACAAGAAAUGUCCUGUUUGCAACAUUGAGGUUUUUGGUGAGGAAUCAUCGCAUUAGCGUCAGGAUGGCAUAAAGGAACUUUCUUGCUCUACCAAUUUUUGCUCCUCGUCCAUCUCUCUCUCUCUCUCUCUCUUAAGUUUCAAUUUCUUACACGUAGGUAGGUGUAAUAUGAAGAACUGUGGCACUUGCCACACAAUACGUGUUUUGUUUACUAGAAACAACCUAAUGGAGUUGCAUCUUCUUGUGGUUAAUGUGUGAUUUUCUGUGUAUUGAUGCUAUAUAGUGUCCCGUUCUUUAUGGUAUUUGGGAUUGAGAAAUCUGCUUCCCAGCCAUUAACUAAGGAUUUGUUGGAGUUUGGGAAUGAGAAAACUCAUAAGCAUGCUUGAUGGAUUUUAAAAAAUGAAAUUCAUGUGGAAUA